GUCCAAGAUGGCGCUCCCGAUCAGGGGUAAUGUGAAAUAUCUCCUUCAAUUCAUUCAAAAGCGUCGUUCUCCAAAAAGACUAUUCUGCGCUGGACAAUGUGCGGACGGAAAGGUCCCUAUGUGAGAGUGGGAUGGAGAGAAAGAGGGAUGAUGGAGAGGGGGGAGACGAAGGAGGUGGUGGUGGGAGCGGCAGGACCGAGGCCUGUUUUAGAGGAGCCUCCAGGUGGGCGUGUGUUCUCAGGAAUCCAGCCCACGGGUGUGCCCCACCUGGGGAACUACCUUGGGGCUCUGGAGAGCUGGGUGUCCCUGCAGAACCAGUACCCCUCAGUGCUCUACAGCAUAGUGGACCUGCACUCCAUCACCCAGCCCCAGGACCAAGCCCUGCUGCGGGUUAACAUACUGGACAUGGCUGCCAGCCUGCUGGCCUGUGGCAUCAACCCAGAGACAUCUAUCCUCUUCCAACAGUCACAGGUCUCUGAACACGCUGAACUGUCCUGGAUCCUAGGCUGUCUUACCAGUAUGCCCCGACUCAGACACCUGCCUCAGUGGAAGAUGAAGAGUAAACAGAAGAAUGAGGGGAGUGUGGGGCUGUACACGUACCCCGUCCUGCAGGCUGCAGAUAUUCUCCUCUACAAGUCAACUCACGUCCCAGUAGGAGAAGAUCAGGUCCAACAUCUGGAGCUUGCUCAGGACCUGGCCCGCAUCUUCAACAACACCUACGGAGACUUCUUCCCUGAGCCACGUGCUCUGCUCAGCUCCACGCGAAAGGUGAAAUCCCUCCGUGACCCCUCCUCCAAGAUGUCCAAAUCAGACCCCCAGAAGAUGGCCACUGUCAACCUCACCGACUCUCCCGACGACAUCGUCCUCAAGAUCCGCCGCUCCGUCACAGACUUCACCUCUGAGGUGACCUUUGACCCUGAGGUUCGUCCGGGCGUGUCCAACCUGGUGCUGAUUCAUGCGGCAGUGGCGGGGUGCACGGUAGAGGAGGCAGUAGGGUGGGCCAAGGGGCUGGACACGGGAAAGUACAAACAGCUGGUAGCGGAUGCUGUGGUGCAGCGGCUCACACCAAUCAGGGAGGAGAUUGAGAGGCUGAGGGGGGACAGGGGGCACCUGGAGAGGCUGCUGGCCCACGGAGCCCAGAGGGCCAGGGAGCUGGCUGCACCUGUACUCAAGGAGGUCCACCACAGAGUAGGCUUCUGCUGAGGGAAAAAGGGGGAGGCUUCUGCUGAGGGAAAAAGGGGGGUCAAAUUGCCUGUUUUCUAUGGUUUGUCAAUUAAUUUAAUUUAAUUUACUUCUGAAUAAUCCCAUACCAGAAAGGCGGGUUGGGACAGAGGGACAACACGUUUGGGGGGGGGACUGGAAGAUUGGCUAUGUGUUGUCAUUUAUGAGGCUCUGUGCCUUGUUUCAUAUUGCUGAUAAUGCUUUUUUUAUUAUUUAAAGAAUAAAUAUGUACAGUAUACUCUGGGUUUCUCAAGCUCUAUCACAAACAACACACACACCUUCCCUUCAUGGCCUUCAUCAGACAGUCUGUGGGUAGUGAGUAGGCUAAUGCCCUGUCAAUAGUAGGCAUUCUGCCUGUUCAGUUGUGGGCUCUGGUCUACAGAUGGAGAUGGAACAUGGAGAAGAGCUCAGCCUCACUGUGAUACUUGGAUAGACUAACCUGCGAUCCGGACUGCUUAGGAUAAUAUUUUUACCCUCUGGUUUAUCCUGAUAUCUUCUCCCACAGUCCUGGUGAUGAAAAAGAUCCCUCUGUGGGAGCUGGACUAAAAUAUGGCAGAAAAUAUAGCCUAUUCAUAUUAGCCAAUAAUAGCCUACAAUGACUAAGGAGUAGGCUACCAAAUUCAAUUUAAUACAUGCAAUAUAUUUAUAUAUUCAAGGAUCUUUCAGUAUAAAAUGUAUAAUAUAUUUUAUAAGAUCAUUUUAAUGUAAAUGUAAUCUAAUCUAGCAUGAGUAAAAUAAAAAAGGGUUUAUUAGAAUUUCUAAUGUUUUUACAAAGGAGGUCGACUUGAUUUUGUAUUUUUAGUCUACUUCGGCUGAAUCUCCUCUCGGAUUUAUAUUCGAUCCAGACGUCAUCUGUGGCCGGAAUAUGUCCUGGUUUGUAGGCCUAUCCGAUAGUUGUGUUAAAUGGAGUGUAUGCCCAAUUUGUCCAUAGGAAAAGAUGUAUUGUAUCUCAAUGGUAUAGGCUAAAAACUCAUAGGAAAAUAGCCUGAACCUCCAGAGCUGCUGAAAUACUCUGAAAGGACGGAAAGGCAAUUUAAUUCGCAACACACGUAGCCGGACUCAGAUAGGCUACUUUAUGAAGUGUUAGAUGAAUUUCAUUAAAAUAGAAAACAGUAACGGAGGCAAAUGCAGGUUCAAGUAUUUAUUUAGUAUUAAUCUUAUUUGACACUAAAAACAAACAUUGAGGUUUUGUAUUCAUGUUUUAUUUUAAAUUGUUUGACUUUUGUACUAUAAUAGUUGGCUAAUUGAUUUAGGCUACUCAUAAGUUUGAAAUAACAUUGUACCCCUUAACUAAUCUUUUUUUUUUUCUUA